AUGUCAGUAGUACAUCAGAUACACAAGCUUAGCCCAGUGAAUGAUGUAAGUAAUGCACCAGGUACACUGUCGUGGCUCAGGGAUGAUGUCAGUAAUACACCGGGUACACUGUCUUAUUUUCCAAUUCUUUUAUUUGGAAUGUCGGCAAAUAUUAUAAACAUGGAUGUUUAUUUAAAAAUCGGCAUUUGUGACACUGUGUCGGUUUCAUUUUUUGCUCUGUCAUUAGUUCAUUUUGGGUGCACCUUUUUCUACUUCGCUGGUCGGGUGUUCUUUGUUUUAAAACGGAUAUUUAACGUUGAAUCAUACAUAGAUUUGGGAGCUGUAUUUUAUUUGGUUGCAUACUACAACUACUUAUUUGAAGAUGUGGCUAAUGGGAUUAUUGUUUUCAUAGCCGUUCAAAAAUGUUGUUGUGUUGCCAUUCCUUUCCGUUUCAAGAACACAUUUACAUAUGCCAGGAGUGUGUCAGCAAUAGUGAUCAUUUUUCUGGCAGCUUUGGCAUACUAUUUGCCAACAUUUACUGGCCAAUGGUUGGGGCCUGUCGUAGACUCUUUCACCAACACAACCCGACUGGUUUAUACUUACCAUCCAAGGAUCUUAACUUUCAUAAGAAUAUCCAAAGUUUUGAAUGGGUUAAUUUUGCCUGUUUUAUCACAUUCUUUAGUGACUCUUUGCUCUAUGGUCCUGGCAGUGAAGUUAAAACAAGCGGUUAGCUUUCGAAAUUCGAGUUUUGCAAAUAAAAUAAUCGACACCAAGGAUACUAAAUUAAUGUUUUCGAAAGAAAUUAUAAAUCCUGUUCUGACCUUUCACAAACUUGAUCCAUUACACCAAGAGAGUAGAAACCUGGAUUUUAGUAAGAGGCGUCUGCAGAAAUUGAAAGGAAAAGAGCUAAAAGUCGUGCAGGCAGUGUAUUUUACGGCCAUUUUGUUUAUUGUUUCCAACAUCGGGAACGUUCCUGUCGAAUUUGUCGGAUUCUUUGUCCCAGAUUUUCAAGACAUUUGUGGCUCCAGAUAUUACAACACAUAUGUUCUAGUGACCUCUGUCCAGGCUCUGCUGGACCAUCUCGGCACUGCAUUGCACAUCUUCAUUUACGUGAAAUUCAAUCAGACGUACCGAAGGAAGUUGAAAGCCUUGUUCUGUAGCGAUAAACCCACCACCUCAGACGCAAGGACACGACUAGAAAGGGUCUUACAAUAA